AAUAGGACUCACUCAAAUACAGCUUACAAACUCAAAUACAGCUUACAACUUUGCGCAAUCCAUUCAACACAGAGAAUUGUACACCAAACCCAUUAAACACAUUAAACCUUGAAUCAUAUUUUACAUUAAGAUGACAAUGAAGAGGAGUAGAGAAGAUGAACAAACAAUGGCCAACUGUCUCAUGCUUCUUUCACAAUUCGGCAAAUCCCAGUCUGAUCUAAUUUCAGCCGGCCGUGUUUACGAAUGCAAGACAUGUAACCGGCAGUUCCCAUCGUUCCAAGCGUUAGGCGGUCAUCGGGCCAGUCACAAGAAGCCUAAAUUAAUGGCAGGAGAUCUUCUACAACAAGUACCGGAGAAGCCCAAGACACACGAGUGCUCCAUAUGCGGAGCUGAGUUUGCUUUUGGUCAAGCUCUUGGGGGACACAUGCGGCGCCACCGUGCAGAGAUGGAGGCUAAUUCUACUAGUACUACAAUAAGUGAUGAUGCUCAAGAGGUUGUGAAGUUGGUGCCCAUUAUCAAGAGGAGUAAUAGUUGCAAAAGGGUUUGGGGUUUGGAUCUAAAUCUUAUGACAGAUGAUCGUAAUUUUUUAAAGUUGGGGUGGUAUGAUAUGUUGAUUCUUGGUAGUGAUGAAAUGAUUGAAUCUACUAAGAAGAUGAUAAAGAGUAACUUUGAAUUUAAGGAUAUGGGAGUUAUGGAUGUUAUAUUAGGAAUAAAAGUUAUUCAAUCAUCAGAUGGUUUAAUAUUGUCGCAAUCACAUUACAUUGAGAAAAUUCUUGAAAAGUUCAAGAAAUAUAAUAUUAAACCAAUGCGUACACCACUUGAAGUGACAAAUCAUCUUAAAAAGAAUAAAGGUGAAAGUGUGUCACAACUUGAAUACUCUCGUAUCAUGGGAAGCAUCAUGUAUGUGAUGAACUGUACUAGGUCUGACAUUGCUAAUGCUGUAAGUAGGCUUAGUCGAUAUACACAUAAUCCUAGUAGAGAACAUUGGAAAGCAAUUAUAAGAUUACUAGGGUAUUUAAUGCAUACUAAAGACUUUGGAUUGCACUAUAGAAAAUAUCCAGCAGUAUUAGAAGGUUAUAUUGAUGCUAACUGGAUAUCAGAUAAAGCUGGUGAAGAAGCUGAAUGGCUUCGAGAUUUUUUAGAAGAUAUUCUCGACUGGGAGAAGCCAGUACCUCCAGUUAGUAUACAUUGUGAUAGUCAAACAACAAUUGAUUUAACAGGAAAUACAAUGUAUAAUGUACCAACUCGCGAAACCUCUAGCAUUUGGGUCAAACAACAAAACCAUAUUUGUACGAAGCCCCAAACCAUACAACAAAUGACAGUGAAAAGAUACAGAGCAGAUGAGCCGAAGAGCUUAAUGCUUCUCUCUCGCGUAGGCGCUACAAAAACAGACCGUAUAUACGAGUGCAAAACAUGCAGCCGCAAGUUCCCAUCAUUUCAAGCACUUGGUGGCCACCGAACGAGCCACAAAAAACCCAUGUUGGCAGCAGGUGAGAAAGAGCCCGUAAAGCCAAAGACCCAUGAGUGCUCGAUUUGCGGCAUGGAGUUUCCGCUAGGCCAAGCCCUUGGUGGACAUAUGAGGCGCCACCGUGGUGCUUAUGAAAAUUUUAGUGAUGUUACUGAGAGAACUGAUGAUGAUGAUUCGACGAAGACAGUCCCGGUUUUGAUGAGGUCAAAUAGUGGCAAACGAAUUUUGUGUUUGGACUUGAGUUUGAGGCCGUACGAGAUCGAUUUAACGCUAAAGUUAUAGACGUAUAGUUAUGUUUUGUAGUCCUAAAAAACCUCCUCCGUUUUUCUUUUCUUUUCUAUCCCUUCCUCGACACGAACUGUUCUGCGUCUGUUUGUCCAUCUAUGAAAUAUAAUAUAAUACUCUUGUAAAUUCAAAUAAUAAACUUUUAGAUAA